CAGGUUAACUUACAAGUAGCUUAUAAACAAAGAACUUGGUGGAAGGUGGAAAUGAUUUGACAGGAUGUGAAAACAAAAGUUAGAUUGUGCAUCUUAUAACUUUUAAGGGGACUAAAAUAUGGCCCCUGUUGAGGACGUAGAGAAACUCAAGGAACACUGCAGCGACUAGAAUAAAUAACUGAUUUGGACUUGUCAAUGAUUGCUUACCAUACGAUUUCUGGUUGCACGGACACUAUCCGAAAGGUAUCAUCUAAAAAAGUUAAAAGGAAGGAAUUUCAUCAUCAUCCGCCACCACCACCACUUCCACAUCAUUAUGAAACUCCCCCAUCUCCAAAAGGUGAUAAUUUUCCAAGUGAUGCUAUAGAAUAUCAUGCAUUCCAUGGUAAAGUUAUUUCUAAAAACGGCUACAGUGCUGGGACUGGAUUGCGAGUUAUAGCACAAGGUUCUGCAGAUCAAGCAAAUACAGCAGUUGUUAACCAAGCAGCAGCCGCUAAACAAGCUGCUUAUUUGGCUCAAAAUACCUUAGCUCAAGCGGCAGCAGCUGCUGCAACAACUGCUCUUGCAGCGCUUCAGGGAAAAGAAGUUAUUCUUCAGAAACUUGAACAACAAUCAAUUGAGGCUCACCAAGCUUUAGAAGGAGAAAUUACUCAGUUACAACAAGCUAAAAGAUCAGCCAAAACUGCACAACAUGCUGCGCAACAAUCUCUCAAUCAUGUUGCCGUCCUAACAGCAGCUUUAAAUAAUGCACAAGCAGCUGCUGAACAUGCCCAAAAAGCUGCAGCGGAAGCUGCUGCAGAACUGGCUUCACAAACGUCAAUGGUUGGUCAAGCAAAAACUAAACUAGAAGAUGUUGAACAGCAACUACACAACGCAAGGCUUGAUUAUGAGGCAACUAGGGAAGCUGCCCAAAAAGCUAGCAAUUCAGCACAGGAAGCUCAAAACAAUGCAAAUGAAGCUGCCCUUCAUGCAUCAAUAGGACUUCAUGAAUCUGUCGUUGCAGUUAGUGGACACGAAAAUGAUUUUUCUCAAAAUCAUGAUGUUGGGGAUAUUUCAAAUGAUCAUAAAUAUAGUUUAGUAGGCUAUUAAAAACAUUAAUAUUUUUGAUAAAUUUAACUUACAAAUUAAGUUAUGAAAUGAAAAUCAAAUUCAGUAUUAAGUAGCGUAUUAUUGUUAUAUGUAUUAAAAUUAAAUGAUAAGUAGUUUUUGU